AUGCCAAUGCCUCCUCAAAGUGGGUCGACAGACCGAUCAACUCCGUCCGACAGUCUGUUUCAGUUUGGCUGUUUGGCCAAGGUCUUGCGAGUAGAACGAGUCGGCUUUGGAGGCUACGCUAUCUUUGCUGAAGGAGUAUCAAGGUUUCGAGUGCAGGCCAUGCUUCAGGAUAAACCACAUCUUCUAGCCAAGGUAGAACAUUUUGUGGAACAGGUGGAGGAUGUGAAUUCCCGAGAUGGUGACCUGCUUACACAAAUCACCGCUUUCCGAGAACUAAGCAAAUCCUUCAUAUCAAAAAUGCGAGACCUGCAACUCCCAGACCCUCUCAUUGCACAACUCUCAAAGCUUAUGGAUAAUUCUAAAUCUGGCGUUUUGGCAAAUAUACUCGUGAGUGUCAUCGAGACCACCUACGAAGAAAAACUCGAAUAUCUCUCGACAACCACUUUGAAAGCCCGACUGAUCAUGGCAAAUGAAUGGAUGACUCGCCAGCUUCAUGAUAUGAAUGACUGGCUAAUGAAGUGCUUAAAGGUUCUCAAAAUAUCGCAACAAAUCCAUAGCAACAUUGAAGGAAAGCUGAGCAAGAAGCAACGUGAGUACUAUCUACGACAACAGCUCAAUGCUAUCAAAACUGAACUUGGGGAGAAAGAUGAGCAAACGCAAGGCGGGAGUGCUGGUAGUGCCGAGGAUGAAGAGAUGUCUGAACUGAAGCGCCGAAUUAUAGCUGCUCGGAUGCCAAAAGAAGCUGAAGCUGUUGCCAUGCGAGAGUUUAAACGUUUGAAAAAACUCCAUCCUUCUUCCGCAGAGUGGUCGGUGUCCAGAACAUAUCUGGAUGUUGUAGCUGAUCUUCCUUGGUCUAAGCACACACAAGAUGUACUGGAUAUAAGUAAAGCCCGCUCUCAGCUAGAUGGCGAUCACUUUGGCCUGGAUAAUGUCAAGCGUCGAGUGCUAGAAUAUCUUUCAGUCAUCAAGGUGAAAGGUGACCUUAAAGCCCCCAUCAUCUGCUUCGUUGGCCCUCCUGGUGUCGGAAAAACAUCCCUUGGAAAAUCGAUAGCAUCUGCUAUGCAUCGUGAAUUUCAUCGCAUAUCCUUGGGUGGCGUUCGAGACGAAGCGGACAUUCGCGGACAUCGUAGAACUUACGUUGGAGCACUUCCUGGGCUGAUUAUGCAUGGAAUGCGAAAAGCUUCUGUCAAUAAUCCAGUCAUAUUAUUAGAUGAAAUUGAUAAAACAGUGCAAUCGUCUUACUAUGGUGAUCCAUCGGCUGCUCUGCUUGAAGUUCUUGAUCCUGAACAAAACAAUACGUUUACGGACCACUACGUCAACAUGCCUUUCGAUCUUUCCAAAGUCUUGUUCAUUGCUACUGCAAACAGCGUAGACACUAUACCCGCACCUUUGCUAGAUCGCAUGGAGGUCAUUCAAAUCCCAGGAUAUACCUUUGAAGAAAAGCUGCAUAUUGCUAGACAGCAUUUGCUGCCAAAGCAGAUCAAAGCACAUGGACUAGAGGUCGAUCAAGUCCAAAUUUCCGAUGAGACACUAUUGAAGCUGGCUGAAAACUAUACCCGAGAAAGUGGUGUGCGCAACUUCGAAAGAAAGAUAGCUAGCGUAGUACGCGCCAAAUGUGUCGAAUGGGCAGAAUUUAAGGAAUCUGGAAACAUAGACAACUACAACCAACAUGUUACUGAAAAAGACUUGGAAACGAUUUUAGGGCUUCAAACAUACGAAAAGGAAAUCGCCCAGAACGAUGCUGAGGCUGGCGUGGUCACCGGAUUGGCUUACUCUGGAAGUGGCAAUGGUGAUAUUCUCAUGAUUGAAGCGACUUAUAUGCCAGGCGACGGCAAGCUACAGCUGACUGGAUCGUUAGGAGACGUCAUUCGAGAGUCUGCCCAAAUUGCUUUGACGUGGGUGAAGGCGCAGGCUUAUGAACUCAAGCUAACACGUUCACCAAACGUUAAUUUGGUAGAACAUCGUGAUGUUCAUAUCCACUUUCCCGCUGGAGCGGUGGCAAAGGAUGGACCUUCAGCUGGCAUUGCCCUGGCAACUUCCAUUGUGUCUUUAUUCUCUGGCAAACGGGUUCCAACUACCACUGCUAUGACCGGCGAGAUAUCAUUGCGCGGACGUGUGCUGCCUGUUGGUGGCAUCAAGGAGAAAGUCUUGGCGGCCCAUCGAGCAGGCAUCAAGACGAUCAUUUUACCUGCGCGGAACCGAAAGGACGUUACAGGCGACGUGCCAGAGACCAUCCGAAAUAGUAUUGAGUUUGUCUAUGUACAGACCAUCAGUGAUGUACUGCAAGCUGCUCUCAUUAUUGACGAACGUGGCAUGGAAGUUUCGUCCCACUGGAUUCCCAGCCGUCUCGAGAGCCACCUGUAA